CCCACGUGACCCCCGGCGCGGGGCAAGAUGGCGGCGGCGGCGGAGCACGAGACGGAGUCUCCCGCCGGGGCCCGGGCCCCAUCCCCGGCCCCGGCCUCACAGCCGCCCCGGUACCGGCAGCUCCUGGAGCUGGUGCUCGGCAGCAGGAAGAACGCUAACAGCGUGUUCGACAUCCUGGAGGGGCUAGAGGCUGAAGAUGAAGCUGAAAUCCUCACUGCAACUGCAACCUGCAGCAAAUUAUUUUGCACUUUACUGCAACAAGGAGAAGUCUUUUUUGGCCAGCUGCCUGGAGAAGAGGAGUAUCUGUCAGGUAUUUGUCAAAAGGUUGAUCUUAGGUUAAAUAUCUCUUCACUUAUUCCUAUUCCAGGUCCAAAUACAACUGUGUUCCACCAGUUUCUGCUUCAGAUGUGGGGAUGCGCAGAAACAGAAAACAUAGGUCCAGUUACUGAUAUGGAAUUAGUUUAUAAUUUGAAUUCCACCAACUGUGUCUACUUUUUAUAUUCAGUAGUGGAUCGGAUUAUAGAAGUGGCACUCUGCACAUUGAUGAAAUUUGUUCAGGCAGAAGGAAGAUGGCCCCUUGACAGAUAUGAAGACAAUGAGUGGAAUAUCUUUCCGCAAGGGCUGUUAAAGUUGCUUGUGGACAAUUUGCUUCAGAUUGAAAGAGAUACUUUGUCCCUACUGUCUCGAUUUCAGGAGUACAUGGAGUAUGAGGAUGUGAGAUAUUACGUCAUGGUUUACGCUGUUGAUAAUAUCUCAAGAAUAAUGCAGAAUUCGAAAGGGGAUUUGCUUCCAGUUUAUCAACAAAACACAUUUUGUCUUUUGUCUUUAAUUCGCAUGCCAGCUGAGCAGAAAGAACUCUCAAACUUCCUCGUGAAGCAACAAAGUAAACACACAGAAUGGAAGGCGGCCAGACUGAAGGAACACAGAAGAGUGUUUGAGCGACUGUGGCUGGCAUUCCUCAGACAAAAGCUAUCAACUAAUCUUUAUAAGAAGGUGCUGGUGAUUUUGCAUGAGUCCAUUUUGCCACACAUGAGCAAGCCGACCCUGAUGAUUGACUUCCUUACCGCUGCUUACGACAUAGGAGGAGCCAUUAGUCUACUUGCCUUGAAUGGACUCUUCUAUCUUAUUCAUCACCAUAACCUAGAAUACCCAGACUUUUACAAAAAGCUCUAUAGUUUGCUGGACCCGUCUGUGUUGCAUGUGAAGUACCGAGCACGAUUCUUCCACCUUCUCAAUGUGUUCUUGUCUUCAAGCCAUUUGCCAGCGUAUCUUGUGGCAGCAUUUAGCAAGCGUUUAUCUCGCCUGGCAUUAACCUCCCCACCUCAGGCCCUUCUGAUGCUCAUUCCGUUCAUCUGUAACCUAAUCCGUCGGCAUCCAUCGUGCAAGCUUCUUAUUCAUAGGUCCAAUCAACCUCAAGAUCUUUCUGCUGACCCAUACAUAAUGGAGCAAGAAGAUCCUGCCAAGUGCCGAGCUAUGGAGAGUUCUCUGUGGGAAAUCCAGACUCUGCAGUAUCAUUACCAUCCCGAUGUUGCCAAUCAAGCAGCUACAAUAAAUAAAGCUUUGUCCAGUCAAGAGUCCGACCUGUCCACACUCCUUGACCUUUCUGUUUCAGAGCUUUUUGAAAGAGAACCAAAGAAGAGAAUUAAAUCAAUUCCUUUGGAGUUUGAGCCAGCCGAAGGAUUACUGGGAAAGAGAAAUGAUCUGGUCAGGCACCACUGGACUUUGGAGUAACAGCUGCCACAGAGCAAUGUGCUUCAUUGACUACGAGUAUGCAGCAAAUUUAUUUGUUUGCUUUAUGGUUUUCAAAUGCCGUUUCCAUGCGGUGAUAAUUAUUACAGUUAUCAAUUAAAGGACUUUGUAGUAGA